AGCAACUUGAGCUGGUCCACGAACGAUGACAACCUCCGUUUAGCUUUCUCCAGCUAUGGCCAGAUUGUCGACUCGAUCGUGAUGCGCGACCGUGACACCGGCCGCUCUCGUGGCUUCGGCUUCGUCACCUACUCCUCGUCCGCCGAGGCCCAGGCCGCGAUCGCCUCACUCAACGAGCAGGAGCUCGACGGUCGCCGGAUCAAGGUCAACCUCGCCAAUGCCCGCGCC